UUCUCCUUACAUUCUAAAUGGAAUGUCACAGCACAGAAGGCAGAAGCUGAAAAGCAGGGGCAGUGAGUGUUCUAAUUUUAUUUCUAACAAUGCUUCCUGUUUUUGACAUUUGCUACUCAGAAGCUAAGUACAAUUAGGGACAGCACAUUACCGUGGCUGCUCACCAGUUAGAGAAAUCUGUAGAUAACUUGUAAACCUUCUAUUAGUGGACAGACUAAAGGAACACCAUCUAUUAUAAAAACAGAGUGGUUGUCAUGUUGGGAGAAGCCUUCAUCAGAGUCUUCAGGUACAGGGAAGAGGAUUGUGACCCCCAUUCCACAAAGGCUCAGGAACGUCCACCACAUCCUGCCCCCAAUAUAAUUCUGACCCCAGGUUCAAUGUCAGGAAACAUGGAAGGUCUGGUGCAGUCUGAUCCUAGAGUGACAACCAGGCUCAGUGAUGCCCUCACCAUCCCCAAUAGCCACUGUGACGACUAUGGUGACCUGGAGCUCUAUCGCUCCUGGUGCUGCACCACCUUCUGCAAAGACUACCCCGACCUGCAGCUCAGAGGGGACCAUGUGGGAAACAGGAGCUCAGAGAGCCCGCGGCUGGAGAAUGAGGGGUUCCAAGGACCACUUCUUCAAUCUCAGGACCUGGGAGAGCUGGAGGCCUUGGAACCCGCAGGGCCUGUGGAGCCUAGGGUGCAGGUGGAGUCCCAGCCCCUGCAGGAUGAGGGUUCCCUGGUCAUGGACAGCAGCAUCAUCACCCUGAACAGGGAGCCUCUAUCCAAUUCCAUGCUGAACGGCUAUCUGGAGAGUAAGCUGCUGGAGGUGUACAGACAGCACAUGCAGGACAGCCUGGCCCGGGGCAGCUCUCCCCUGGUCCAGACACCUCCCCAGGGCCUGAUACCAGCCCCAGUAAUGAAGCUCAGCCUGCAUCUCUGUCAGGACCACAGCCUGGACUCCAGUACGGCCCAGAGCAUCGUCAUCCACUACCUUAGCACCUACACCGUGGCUAGCUCCCACUUCAGCUCCCCCAACCUGCGCAUCUCCAACCCUGAGCCUAGAAGAAAGCCCACCUGACUGAAACCAGCAGUAGUUUCACUUUGUCCUCCGACUCUAACAUACUUGAGAAUGGUCUACAGUUUUAGUUUCGUUUUCUCUGUACUGAAUCUGUAUACGUGGUGGUCAGUUGUAUUGCAUUCGGUUCAAUAGGUAAAUUAAAUUGAUAUUUUAGGAUGGAGAUCCCUUCAUUUUGUUGAAUUGUUAGAAGAAAUAUCUUUAGAAAAUGCCACAAUGUCCAUAAUAUCUACUUCAUAAAUGCGACCAGUUCCUAUAAUGUAAUACUUGGGAGCCUGAGACAAUCCCCAGCUUUCAAGUUGAAGGACAAAGAGGAGACAAACUGUAAGAUGAAGGAUAAUUUAGUCCUUGUAAAGCAUCUUGGUUCUUGUUUCUGAGAAAUGAUUCCUCACAGAUAUUGCAGAUCUGAAAUUAUAUUGUCAUAACCACAGACUAUUACUAAACAGUAAAAAGAUAGCUAUUUUGCUAUCUUGGUUGUCAAAAGAGUUAGAAAAUAUUGACACCUGCUGUCAUACAUAAACAUUGCAUGUUAACUGCAAGUGUCACAUAACAUUUUGACAAGAAAGCACAUUACACACAUCGGUGUCAGAUCAACAUAUCAAGCUCUGCCAAAUUUGAAACGCUUUUUAAUCUUCGAUGCAACUGACUGAAUCGAAUACAUGAAUAUGCUAAAGCACUGAGCUAUUGCCGUCAUGUCUUGUGGAGAAUAAACUGGCCAUUGGAAUGGGUAGUGAAAUUGACUACACUAAGUGUACAAAACAUUAAGACCUUCAGACUAUUCAGUUGCACCCUCCACCCCCCUUUGCCCUAAGAACAGUCUCAAUUCAUUGGGGCAUGGACUCUACAAGGUGUCGAAUGCGUUCCACAGGGAUGCUGACCCAUGUUGGCUUCCCACAGUUGUGUCAAGUUGGCUGAAUGUCCUUUGGAUGGUGGACCAUUCUUGAAACACACAGAAACUGUUGAGUGUGAAAAACCUAGCAGCGUUGCAGUUCUUAACACAAGCAGGUGCGCCUGGCACCUACUACCAUACCCUGUUCCAAGGCACUAAAAUCUUUUGUCUUGCCCAUUCACCCUCUGCAUGGCACACAUACACAUGCCAUGUCUCAAUUGUCUCAAGGCUUAAAAAUCCUUCUUUAACCUGUUUCCUCCCCUUCAUCUACACUGAUUAAAGUCGAUUUAACAGGUGUCAUCAAUAAGGGAUCAUAGCUUUCACCUGGAUUCACCUGGUCAGUCUAUGUCAUGGAAAGAGCAGGUGUUCUUAAUGUUUUGUCCACUCAGUGCAUAAAAGUAUACUAAACCUAAGGUGCAUAUCAGACACUUUCUGGUUUAGUGACAGGUUGUUAUUUUACCUCUGAGGAGGCCUAUCCAUCUAGAUCAUUGUCAAUCAUAUCAAGUGAAUGUCAUGACUCAGGUGGGUAGCUUCAUUCCAGAAAUCCCCCUCUUAGGCAUCAACGGCAGGGAUGUAUGACUGGCAAGGUUUAUGUGAGUGUGACUAUAUGAUAGCAUGUGCUAGAAAUGCAUGCAUUUUUAUUUUAGGUGGGUGCAUCUAAUGUGAAAACCAGUAUCGAGUGACUUUAAGCAUGGUUAGUAUAUGUUGCUUGGGAGAGGAUUAACAGUAAACCGGUGUGUGUGGAGAGCAAGUGCCAAUGCCACCACUUCACACCCUGUCGGGAGCCACUGGGUCAUACACCAGCCAAGCCAAGGACUAUUAGCAUGGCACUGUUAGAGCAGCAUAGGAGUGGGUAAUGGUCAAAGAUUGUGGUGCCCAUGCCUCUGAUAAUUUACCAGAAUCAAAUGUUCAUGUUUAUGAAUUUUGAUGCCAUUUUACACCAUAUAGUGAGAUGUAUGGGGAGACUUCAAUAAAGAUACAAGAAAUGGGCAGAUCUCCAAAGAGUCAGUAAUAGGUUUAGCAGGUAAAGAUGUGUCAUCAUCACCCAGCACAGUGAGGACUGAAUUAUUAACCAUAUCCUGGUGGGACUCAGUGGGAUGAAGUUCGAGGACCUGUAGGGAUGUGUUGUGCAACAGAAUCAUGUAGUGUGCUCACACCAUAUAUAGUUGAUUGUAGUUGUAGUAGUUAUUUUGGCUAUAGGUCGAUAAGUAUCUACAAAAUGUGUCUUUUCUAUAUAAUUAAACAUGGGAACAUCAGAAAGAAAUGAUAAGCACAUACCCCAGCAUUUGUCAUGAUGUGGUUUUACAGUAACUGAGAUAUUUUGUAACUAACUGAAGAAGAAAAAAGACUGUCAUUCAA